GGGCCCGGGACGGCCGCGGCGGCUCUGCUCCUGGCAGUCCUGCUGGCCCUGCUGGCGCCCUGGGCGGGCCAAGGGGGCGCCGCCGCACCCACAGCACCCAACGGCACGCUGGAGGCCGAGCCGGAGCACCACUGGGAGAGCCUGCUGGUGCGCUCGCUGGUGCGCUUGCCCGUGGCCUCACAGCCCAAGGAGGCUGCUGUCCAGAGCGGCGCUGGGGAUUACCUGUUGGGCAUCAAGCGGCUGCGGAGGCUCUACUGCAACGUGGGCAUCGGCUUCCACCUGCAAGUGCUCCCCGAUGGUCGCAUCGGCGGCGUGCACGCGGACAUGAGCGACAGUCUGCUGGAGCUCUCCCCCGUGGAGCGGGGCGUCGUGAGCAUCUUCGGAGUGGCCAGCAGGUUCUUUUUGGCCAUGAGCAGCAAGGGCAAGCUCUAUGGCUCGCCCUUCUUUGCGGAUGACUGCAAGUUCAAGGAGAUUCUGCUCCCCAACAACUACAACGCCUACGAGCCCCAGGAGCACCCCGGCAUGUUCAUCGCACUAAGAAUGGUUCCCAAGAAGGGGAACCGAGUGCCACCCACCAUGAAGGUCACCCACUUCCUCCCCAGGCUGUGACCCUCCAGAGCCGCCUCAGCCUCCACGGACUCUGGACAGAGAGUGGAAUCCAGGAGUAGGUGUACGAUAUUUAAGUUAAUUAUUUAAAUAUGUAUAUAUUGCCAUCAGAUUAUUUAUGGUUCUGUAAGUGUGUUUUGUAAAUUUUUUUUCUGGAAAAGAAAAGAGGAAAAAAAAAAAAAACCUAAGACAACCGAAAAGCAAGUCUGACUUUUCUGGCGUGACAGGGGACAGCCUUACCGUUGGAUUUGCUUUACUCUCAAGAACUUGACAUGAGCGUGCUGCUAUUUUGUGUUGUAAAGACAGUGAUAUUGGAUUCUGAUGGCGCCAAGCACCUUGUCUGGAAGGGCCUGCUGGGGCCGUGGUCUCCAGCGAAGGGGCGCUGGGCCGAGCUUCCUCUCGCCGCCCACGGCUGUGCCCUGUGGCCGGAGUCGGGACAUAUCGGUUUACUCCAGGUACUGAAAGCACACUGUCGAGUCCUCGCUGCUGCUCCGUUUUUAGAUGGGCCAAGGCUGACCUUUGAGCUUUGCUGUAGUCCAUCUUCCCCCAUCUACCAGAUGGGAGAGACCGACUUUAUAAACUGCUCUUCGCCUGGUCAGGAUCAGCCCCCGUCCCCGUUGCCGCAGCCACUGGGCAAAGACAAAGCUGUUCCGUAAAGUGCCAGGGAGUGAAGCCGGUCCCUGCUGGGACGUUGCCCCCCAACCCUCGCCUGUGAUGGACGAAGCUCGUGAUGGAAGACAGUUCUGAAAUAGAGGAUAUUCUUAACAAAAUCAAAAACAAAAGAACAGGCUUCCCUGCACACGGGAGACUUUGGACUAGAACCACUAUUUAGGCGAAUGUCGCGGUCACAGCCCAGCCUGCAGGGACCUGCUGCUCAGACGCACGCUCAGCCUCUACGUCAGCCGGGCCCAAUCGCCCAAGGUUUAGGGGGCGCAGCUCACUGGGCCACCCCAAGUGGCUCUUUUUCCAUAUGCAACCAAAAGGAUCGCAGAGAGCGGCGGUGGGUCCCCUGCGAACCUUGUCACGUUUGAGCUAUCUUUACCCCGUGAUUUACUUUUAGUAAGGGCGUUCAUGGUGGAAAUAUUUGCAGACAGCUGUUAGAGUGCACUAUAUGGUCACCAAGUAAGCUUAUAUUUUUCUUUAUAUAUUUUAAAAAUGCAACCCCUGUCGUUGAAGCCGAGAUGGAAGGGCCAGGGUAGGUGGGUUUAAAAAAAGUUCUGAGGUGAUGGCAAACACUUAAUUUUAAUGAAUGGCUUUUUAGUUUAUGCAAAGUGACCUUAACUUGCUGCCACACAUGCUCUGAAUGCUUCCUCAAGACCCUCCUCCGGUGUCUCUGAACCAUCUCCCAAAUUAACUUUAUGGGAAUCCACACAGACUGCAAGCCUGGGGUCUGAGUUUUUGUCUUUUGAAUUCCUUUUGCCAAAUCUUUGUUCAAAUGCAAAUCAAGGACUUCAAAAAAUACUAUUCUUAACCCAGCCCACUGAGUGCCAAGUCCCCAAGUUAGGACCACCCAUCAGAACCCUUAAGAGGCUGUUUACAGUGUUCUGACUCAACAAUGCCGUACAAUUCUUAUCUGGCCCUAGACUCCAGGAGGGUGGAGGUCAGGUGAGGAGCAAAGGCUUGGGGAAGAAUGUGCAGUCUUCCUGUUCUUACCGCAUCUCAGAGUCAAGAACUGGGAUUGCUGGAGAUGCUUGGAUUCUUCAGCAAUGUCACCUCUGAGUGCAGUCCAAGGGCCAGAAAUGGACGGACCCUCAGUGCAGAGGUAGCUCAUCCACCCGCACGCACAGAAUUGUUGAUGGUGCGUCUUGCGAUGUCAUUGUGCCUUUGAAAUAUUGUACUUUCUCGGGUUGCGGUGAUUUUGGGGAUUCACGGUUUCUCUAUUUACCACCGUUUUCAGAGUCUGUCUUUAGUUUUAUACAGGUGCCGAUCAAUAGCAUGAUGUAUGUGUACUGUGCACAUCGAGAUGCUUGAUGAGCUUUUCACCGUGGGGAGAAAGAACCCCACCAGACACGGUGCAGAUAAUCAGGAGAGAUAUUAAACAUGAUGGAAACCCGCCUUGAAAAAAAAAAAAAAAAGAAUCAGCAGUAUAGUAUUUCCU